UACAUGACACCCCUAGUUUAAGGUUGAGUUUGAUUGGUAGACAUGUUGAAUGCAGCAAUGUCACGGUCAAGAUUAAGGUAUGCUGUCUCUGUUUCCAUUCUCAAGCUUCCUCCUUUUCUAUACACUCGCUCUCACUCUCACUCUCAGUCUCUUCGCCCAUCCAUUCACGAUGCUGAUGAUAACACCGUUUCCUUGUUCAAUCGCAUGCUGUAUAUGCAUCCUACCCCACCCAUCUUUGAAUUUGGCAAGAUUUUAACCUCCCUUGUCAAGAUGAAGCGUUACACCACUGCCGUUUCCCUUUUUCACAAAAUGGAAACCAGGGGAAUUAAUCCAGACUUUAUUGCUAUGAACAUCUUGAUCAAUUGUUUCUGCAACAUGGGUCAUAUCCAUUUCGCCUUUUCUGUAUUGGGCAAGCUUUUUAAGAGGGGUUACCAGCCAAAUACCAUAACCUUGAAUGCACUCAUGAAAGGUCUAUGUCUUAGUGGUCAGGUCAAUAAAGCUUUGCAAUUUCAUGACCAUGUGGUAGCACAUGGAUUUCUGCUCAACCAAGUUAGUUAUGGGACCUUGAUCAAUGGAUUGUGUAAAAUGGGAGAAACAGGUGCUGCCUUGCAGUUGCUGAGGAAGAUCCAGGGGCUAAUGGUUAAGCCUACUGUGGUAAUGUAUAAUUCUAUCAUUGACUGCUUGUGCAAAGAUAAACUUGUAACCGAUGCCUAUGAUCUAUAUUCUGAAAUGGUUGUCAAGGGAAUUUUGCCUGAUGUUCUCACUUACAAUUCUCUAUUGUAUGGCUUUUGCAUUCUGGGUCAGUUGAAAGAAGCAGUUGAUUUGUUAAAUGAAAUGUUUCAGAAAAGCAUCAACCCAAAUAAUUAUACUUUUAAUAUAUUAAUUGAUGCUUUAGGUAAGGAAGGGAAGAUGAAAGAAGCUAAAAAUGUGUUAGCUAUGAUGAUAAAAGAAGGCGUGGAACCGAAUGUGGUUACUUAUAGCUCUUUAAUGGAUGGUUAUUGCUUAGUUAAUGAAAUGAACAAAGCAAAGUAUGUAUUCAACACUAUGACCCAAAUAGGAUUGAGUCAUGAUGUCCGCAGCUAUAGUAUCAUGAUUAAUGGUUUAUGUAAGACUAAAAAGGUGGAUGAAGCUGUGGAUCUCUUUGAAGAAAUGUAUUCCAAAAAUAUCAUUCCUAAUACGGUAACAUACAAUUGCCUUAUUGAUGGUUUGUGCAAGUCAGGAAGAAUGUCUGAUGUUUGGAAGCUUAUUGAUAGGAUGCAUGAUAAAGGUAUACAAGCUGAUAUAGUCACUUACAAUUGCAUAGUAGACGCUUUAUGCAAAAGCAAUCAUCUUGACAAGGCACUUGCAUUAUGUAGAAAAAUUCAAGGCCAGGGUAUUCAGCCUAAUGAGUUCACGUACACUAUACUUAUUGAUGGACUAUGCAAAGGUGGAAGAGUUAAGGACGCACAGGAUAUUUUUCAGGAACUUUUGAUUAAAGGCUACAAUCUAAAUGUCCAAACAUAUACUGUUAUGAUCAAUGGGCUUUGUAAAGAGGGCUUACUUGAUGAAGCAUUGGCCUUGCGAUUCAAAAUGGAAGACAAUGGUUGCGUCCCUAAUGCUGUCACUUUUGAAAUAAUUAUCCGGGCUCUCUUUGAAAAAGGCGAGAAUGAUAGGGCAAAGAAACUUCUUCAUGAAAUGGUUGCUAGAGGCCUGCUACUAAAAUAAAACAAGGUUGUAAGAUCUGGAGAUUUGAUUUCUAACUGUGCUGAAGAAGGGGUAAGGCUAUGAGAUGGUUGUCCAGAAAAUUAUAAGUGUGUGGUAGUAUGGAGAGAUCAGGCUCUCGAAUUCCUGCUGUAUUGUACUAUUUCCAGUAGAGAUUCUUCAUCUUUGCAGUAUCAAUAAUAACUAUCCAUUUCUCUA